AUGAGUUUUGCGGGAAAGCUUUCACCAGACACAGCGAAAAUUGGCGGAAUCGGCCGAUUAGAGGUCCAGGUUGCCGACGAAAAUGCUCAAGUCCAGUGGUUCAAAAACGGAGAAAAGAUGGAGGACAACUCGCAACUUCUCAAAUUCGAGAUGGUUUCCAACGGCCCCCUCCGAGCUUUGAUUAUUAAAAACUGCGUCGCGUCCGACUUUGGCAAAUACGAAGCUGUUGUUGGAGAAGAACGAGUCGAAACUAUCUUUAGAGAGGAGUCUGCUGAUGCUCCAGCGCCUGCUGCCCCUGAAGCAAUAAAAGAAGCCACUCCUGUCUCUGAAGCUUCUAAAAAACCUGUCGUUACCGCCGUUGCCGACGCUGUUGUUGUAAAAAACAUCCCUAAAAAUGUCUAUGCAAAGGAUUUGGCUGACGCUGAAGCUCGAGUCGGAGAAAUUGCAGUCUUUGAAACUAAGGAAUGGUUCGAAAAGCUUGCCGCUGAUCUGCCCGUCCAGUGGUUUUUCCGAGGCAACGAGAUCACCAAGGAAAAAUACUCAAUCCUCAAGUUCGAAGCUGUUUCGGAAGGACUCGUUCGCAAGUUGAUUGUCAAAAAUAUUUCUGCCGAUGAUUUCCAGCGUUUCUCUGUUUCCUGCGAAGGACAGAUCCAAAAUGCCCAUUUGAAGAAGCAAGCUCCUUUUAAAAAGCCACUCAAGGAUGUGACAGGCAUUCAAACGGAAAUCCAAUUGCUCCAGUGCACCCUCAACUCCGCCCAACCUGCCAAGUGGUUUUUCGGCGAUAAAGAAAUCACCAAAGAAAACUUUUCCAUCCUCAAGUUUGAACCGCGAGAAGACAAGAAUAACGUACGAACUCUUAUCAUCAAAAACAUUCGAAACCAGGAUUAUGGACAGUACUCCGUUGAAGUAUCUGGCGAGCGAGUUAGCUGUUCCCUCUUAGCGCCCUUCCCCUUCGUGUCCAAAGUUCGCGAUGCAGAGGGCCCACGCGGCGGAAUCGCCAGAUUUGAACUCAUGGUCUACCCAAAUACAGAAGUCACGUGGUUUCUUGGAAACACCCCCAUUACUCCCCAGAAUUUCAGCAUUUUGAAAUACGAAUCCUCCGAACGACGGGAUGUCCGACAACUCCUCGUCAAAAACAUCAACGACGACGACUACAACGUUUUCAUCAUCGGUGCUGAGGCCAAUGGACACAGAUGCAACGCUCGAGUCAUCGAGGGACCUGGUCUCGGUCAGUCCAGAUUUGCUGGAAAAGAAAUCGCUCCCAAACGAACCAUCAAAGAAGCUCCAGAAGUUGACUACGAUAGCAAACCCAAAGAUCCUAAAUUUGGUGUCUUUGGCCUCAAGGUUCCCACUGGUCUUUCUGAAAAGGCGAUCAAAGAAUUCGUCCUCCAAGCCGCCAUGGAGCGCGACAUGGAACUUGGCCGAAAAUGGGUCCGAAACGGUUCAUCUUUCUGCCGAAACCCUUCUCUUGCAUAA